AGCAUCCGGGAGCCAGGAGCAGUGGGAAGGCUCAGCACCGGGGAAAUGGGAGCACUGGGAGCCACAGUAGCGGGGGAAAGGGAAACCGGGGAACUGAGGAACCGGGGAGCCGUGGCACCGGGAAACAGGGAGCACCGCGAAACUGGGGAGCUGCAGCACCGGGGAAGCAGGGAGCCGUGGGCACCGGGAAACCGCGAGUACCGGGAGGCUGCAGCACCGGGGAAACGGAAAACCGGGCAACUGGGGAGCGGGAAAACCCGUGGGAACUGGGGGGUAUUAGGGAGCCACAGCACCUGGGAACCGGGAAACCAGGGAGGGGCAAAACCGUGGGCACCGGGAAAGGGGGGAGUACAGAGGAGCUGAGAAGCCACAGGAUCGGUGAAACGGGAAACCAGGGCACCCGGGAGUCGUGGGCACCGGGGAACCGGGGAGUGGCGGGCACGGGAAAAGCGGGGGCACCGGGAAACUGCGAGCAACGGGGAUACGGUUAACCGUGGGCACUGGGGAGCUGCAACACCGGGGAAACGGGGAACCGGAGAGUGGGAAAACUGUGGGAACCGGGAGCAUCGGGAGUCGCAGAACCCGGGAACUGGGAAACCGGGGGCACUGGAGAGCCGCGGCUUCGGGGAACCGGGAGCAUCAGGGAGCCAGGAAACCAUGGGCACGGGGGAACCGGGAACACUGGGCAUCUUUGGCACGGGGGAAUCGGGAGCAGCAUGCAGCCGGGAACCGGGAGCAGUGGGCAGCCACAGCACCGGGAAGCCGCAGCACUGGUGAACCGGGAGCACCGGGAUCACCUACCUGGCACCUCCUGCCAGGCCUGGCACCGGGUGUGGGCACCAGCACCGGGCCACGGCGGGGCUUGGGGUGGGCCAGGAGGGAACCGGAGCGCCCCCGGUGACAGCAGCUCCAGCCGUGGGGAACACCGGGACACUCCCGUCCCCUCUCCCGUCCCCGUCCCAGGUGUCGACUUCAAAAUGAAGACGAUCGAGGUGGACGGGAUCAAGGUGCGGAUACAGAUCUGGGACACGGCCGGCCAGGAGCGGUACCAGACCAUCACCAAGCAGUACUACCGGCGGGCACAGGGCAUCUUCCUGGUGUAUGACAUCAGCAGCGAGCGCUCCUACCAGCACAUCGUGAAGUGGGCCAGCGACGUGGAUGAGUACGCGCCCGACGGCGUCCAGAAAAUCCUCAUUGGGAACAAAGCGGACGAGGAGCACAAGAGGCAAGUGCCCAAAGAGCAAGGGCUGCAGUUGGCCAGGGAAUACGGGAUGGAUUUCUACGAGACCAGUGCCUGCAGCAACCUCAACAUCAAGGAGUCCUUCACGCGGCUGACGGAGCUGGUGCUGCAGGCGCACCGCAAGGAGCUGGAGGAGCUGCGGGGACCCCCCCGCGCCCCCACCCUGGCCCGGCUGGAGGAGGAGGAGCAGCAACCUCUGCAGGGCGAGGACACCCCCAAGACCUGCUGGUGUUGAGGGGCUGGGACCCCCCUGACCCGACCCCCGGCUGUCCCGGAAGGGGGCACGAUAGGGGCGGGAUUGGGGCGGUCCCCAUGGAGGCGGGGAGGGACACGGGACACCCCACAGGGAACGGGGCGGGGGGAGAAGGCAUGGGGGUGCCCUCCCCGAUGCGCAGAGUGGGGUGGGGGUGUCCAGGCUCUGUGUGCCCACCCGGUGUCCAUCCCGUGCCCGUGGGAGCCCCCGAGUUUUACACACACGCGGUUUGCAGAAUAAAGGUGAUGCUGGA